UUGGGUAAAGUAAAGAAUAAUGGAACUGAGAACGAAACGCAUUUCCUGCUGGAGAGAGAGAGAGAGAUCGAAACCGAAACUGUCUGAAUCUCCUUUUCCUUUUCUCCGCUUUUGCCGGAUCCACGCUCUCCAUCAAAAAAAAAAAGAGGAACGAUUUGGCGGUGGAUAAUCGGAAACCAUGGGCUUCGAUCUCAGAAACCCUAGAAAUUUCUGCCUCAUCUCCAUCUUCUUUUCGCUUCUGCUUCGGUCUUCCUUGCAGUCGGAGCCGUCGUUCUACGACUACCUCCGGGAGAACGGCCUUCCCGCCGGGAUAGUCCCGAAGGGCAUAAUGGACUUUUCAAUAGACCCCAAGACAGGGCGGUUCACCGUCACCCUGCCCGGCCCCUGCGAAGCCCAGAUCGAGAACCAGUUCCACUUCGACUUCAACAUCUCCGGCGUCCUCUCCGACGGCCGCAUCGGGGAGUUAUCCGGUGUUACUCAGAAGGAGCUCUUCCUGUGGUUCCCCGUCAAGGGCAUCCACCUCGAUCCCGACUCCUCCGGCUUGAUCCACUUCGAUGUCGGCGUCGCCGACAAGCAGUUACCUCUCUCCCUCUUCGAGUCCCCUCGCGAUUGCACCGCCGUUGAUCUCGAUCAAUCCGACGGUUCUCCGAAUCAUUAUGGAAACGAUGAUCGGGCGGUUUCGUAAGGCUGGAUGAUCUUCUCAGGUAUGGGUUUUGGUUACAUUACACGUUUGUAAUUUGCUUCUGCUCUCGACUGUAAAGGUUAUGGCUUUUGUGGAACUUAUGAAGAUUACCAAUGUAACUGAAAGGGAAGGAACUGCAACUGCAGAUUUAGGAUAAGAAUAGGGUUCGACCCACUUUGGUUAGAUUAUCUCAUCUUUCAUCACACUCUGUCUGUAUCAUACUUCCCUUUUAUGGCUUGUAUCGUAAUCCAUUCUGCAAAAGUAGAUGCUAAUUAAGUGGAGGAAGCCAUGGAUGGAAACUAACAUAGAACUAAAUCAUCCAUCAACAAUGACCUCUUCAUGUG